AUGUCCAGGGUCAGGGGCGGGGGCAGAGGGACCGUGGGAAUCUCUGGCAAGGAGACACGAGGUAAAGUCCGCCUCCACUACUCAGCACCCCUCUCACUCACACACCCCGUCUGUUUUGGCAGUCUGGGUUCUACAUACAUUUUUGGAAUGAUAGAAAAGUGCACUGAUCCAAAUAUUAUUUAUUCACACUCCACCAAAAUGAAUACACAAUGAACUAACUCAAGUCUAUGUGAACACCACAAUUAGUUAUGUAUUUGAAUACUGAAAUGAAUGGCUAUUGGACAACCUCCUUACAUUGUGAUUAUUAUUUAGAUUAGUGCAUACUAUUGAAAUUAAACCACACCAUUGUAAAAUGGAUGUCAACAUUUUUACAUCAAGGUCAUUCCAAUUUAAUGUUCAUAUUGGGUAAUGCAAGAGUUAUUUACAGAUUAGUAAUUUAGCAGACACUCUAAUCCAGAGCGAUUUACAGUUAAUGUAUUCAUCUUAAAAUAGCUAGGUGGGACAUCCACAUAUCUCAGUCAUAGUAAGUACAUUUUCCCUCAGUAAAGUAGCUAUCAGCAAAGUCCGUGCUAGUAGGGAUGGGGGGGAAGUCAAGUGUCAGUGUUAGUUCACAAAAGGCAAGAUAUGGUAUAUCAAAAAGCAUGUGUUUCGCUUUGGUUACUUAAUUAAAGUGGGCAGACAGCCAUACAACUCUAGAUAUUAUGAUGACCUGUGAUAUUGGUCCCGUGUAGCUCAGUUGGUAGAGCAUGGCGCUUGCAACGCCAGGGUUGUGGGUUCGAUUCCCACAGGGGGCCAGUAUGAAAAUGUAUGCACUCACUAACUGUAAGUCGCUCUAGAUAAGAGUGUCUGCUAAAUGACUAAAAUGUAAAAAUGUAAAUAUUAUGACGCUGUGCUUUAGUCUGGUCUGAAGUCCAGUGUGUGCAUAAUCAAAUCUCAUGUAAUUUUAGUGACACUCUAACCUUUAGUGACAAAUGGAAUACGAAAAGUUGAUAUCACAAAGAUUGGUCCCCAGGUAUUUGUGUUAAUCACAGUUAUGUUAGCUAAAAUUCACUGUCAUUCAAAUGGAGUAGGCCUAUAGUUUGACAGCUUGUUGACACUCAAGUAUGGAGUUGUUUGUUUUUAGAGAGGGGGAGGGGGACAAACAGCUAAUGGGCCCCCAGACCUGCCCAUCUCCAGAAGUAGGCUUCUCUGACUAAAGCUACAUAUACUUUGUUGUGUAUCUUUAAGCAACUACAUUGACUGACUGGCCUCCAGAUUUGCGACUAGUAGGAUUUUGCUGAACCUGUAUAGGACACCAUUUACACAUGAAUAUUAGUCAGUUAACCAGUAACACUUAAAGGAAAAUUCCACUCAAAAUCAAUCUUUUGGUAUUUGUUUCAUUAGUCCACUGUUGAUCAUAUGAUGCAAAACGCAGCAUACUGUGACACUUUCUGUAUUUUCAAAGUUUUAUAUCUUGAUUGCUGACAUGCAAAACAUUUUGGGACUGUAUCAGCAGUGGAUGAAUGAAACAAAUACCAAAAUAUAGUUUGAGUGGUAUUUUCCUUUAAAGGUCCAAUGCAGCCGUUUUCUCAAUAUCAAAUAAUGUCUGGUAGCAACUAAGUACCUUACUGUGAUAGUUAAUUUUUUACCAUUUUAAUUGAAAACAAUCUUCUUAGAAAAAUGUAAUUUCUCAAGCAAAAAUGUAGCUAGGACUGUUUGGGAGUGGUCUGAGAGAGGGGCCUAAUUGGAGGAGCGUAAUGUGAAGGAUGUGUAACCUGAAAAAUAGCUGUUAUUGGCAGAGAGGAGGACAAACUGUCUUUGUUAUUGGCCUAUUAGCUUAUACCAUCUGGUGAUGUCACCAGGCGGUCCAAAAACCCCACCCAGCCAAACAAGCUGACAUUUCAGGCGGUCUUUUCAAACAGCUCUUACACUAAAAGUGCAUUAUCAUAAUUUUCACAAUAUUAUUCCAACCUCAUAGUGUGGAAAUAUAAAAAAACACAGGAAAAUCAUGUUUGACUGCACUGCCCCAUUUAACACGGACUCUGUCCUCAAGACUAGAGUUAAGCUACUAAAAUGUUUUAUACCUGUACCUCAGGACAGCAUUUUAAUAUUUAUAUUAACCUAAACCUAUAAAUAGUUAAGUCUUAGCUAUAUCACCAUUCCAGACAGCUAUUAGACAUGGCAUCAUCUCUAGUGAUGUCAGCACGGAAUGGAUGUGGGAAUAGUGUGUGUAAUUCCAUUUUUCAAUGGUAAAGGAACCCAGCCUAAACCAGACUCCAGAGAGAUGGAAAGGGCCCCAGUGCCAGGGAAAGACUGCUAUUGUCUGGGGAUGUGUGAGCCCUGGCUCCACUUCUCACCAUCUGCCUACACUGGCGUGGGGCGUGCUGCCGGUGACGUGUGUGUGUGUGUCUGCAAUUGUGCAUGUGUGUCAGUGUGUUUAGCCUACUCUGUGUCAAGACUGUUGAGACUUAUGCGUAGGCGUAACACACACACACACACACACCUCACUGUUUGUCACCUUCAGUAGAAUCUAGUCUUAUGUUAUUUAUCAUGCCAGAUUGCCAGUCCAUAGUUGGCUGCUUUUUCAAGGCCUAGUGAGCGUAUACAUCCAUGACUGACUGCUAUGCUUGACUAGAGGAUUUCCAUGCUAGCCUUUUAAACCACAAGCUCUCCACUCAGCUCAGCUAUAGGCCCUGCAUGUGAGAGAGAUUAAUGACAGGGGAAGAGGCCGCUCGGUCCUAAUGUGGAAACACUAACACUGCUUCAGGAUGAAAAGGGUUCGAUUCCCACAGGGGGCCAGUAUAAAAAAAUAUGUAUUCAUUAACUGUAAGUCGCUCUGGAUAAGAGCGUCUGCUAAAUGACUAAAAUGUAAUGUAAAUGUAAAAAGGCCAAGGUCCCCCCCCCCCCCCCCCCCCACACAUACACUACCCCUCCACCCACCCACCCACUGCCCCUCCAGGUUUCCUGAUCUCCAUGACAAUGCCAGUGUUGCUGUGGAGUCUCCAUGGUAAGGCUGGGAAUGUUGGGGGGGACCCCUGUGUUUGUGUGUGUGGUAGUGGGGGCUCUCCCUCUCUCCCCAUCCCCCCCUGUCUGUGUGAUGGAGGAGGAGGGCAGCUGGGGUCUUUGUUGUGAUUGUGAGAGGGCUGGUCUCUGGGGAAGCAGAGGUUAAGACAUGGGCUGGACAGGGCUGGGCCCCCUCUCAUGCAGGGAGGAAGGCAGGAGUCUCACAUUUGCCAGGCCGAUCUCGAAGUCAUACACCUCUUGAACUUCACAUACUUGUUUUCCUCACUGCAAUGCACUAGUUAGUGCACAUUACGUUUGUGUAUUGUAUUCACUCUCUGCUCAAUACCAAAGUUUCAAAUUAUGUGUUUGAAAAGAGGCUAGCAGUAGCAUUCAUGUCAAACUAAAACAUCUUAAAUGCAGGCUUUUAGUCGUCUUCUGUGACCGUUGGAUUGUAUACCUAUGCUACUAUCGCUAACUAAGGCACAUUUGUCAUCGCACCAUCUUAUAUAGGCUGAGGUCAUUUGAUUAUUUUUAAUACAUGUAGGUGUUUUAAACAAAAUCACACUAGAAUCCCUUGUGAGGCUAGCCUACUCUACCAGUUUCUAAACGUGCCGGUGUGUUUAAGGAAAAGUCUAUCUUUCUUUCAGUGUGUCCGGCUUGGUGAAUCCAGCGUCGCCCUAAUGUAUUCUUUUUCUCUCUCUUACCCUUAAUUCUCAUUCAACCACCAACCACCCCUCUCCCUUCCCUUCUCUUUCGUUCACACCCUCCCUCCUCUCACCCUAAUCGCUUUGUUCCUCCUCCCCUCUCUCCCGCUAUUAUCCCUCGUCAAUAUCCUCCUCUUACCCCCCUCUCUCUCUCCCACAUACCCCAUAUUUUGCCGCUCAACCUUUUCCUUCCUCUCCGUCUGUUGCCCUUUUCUUCCUCUCUACUUCUUCCUGUCUCUUCCUCUGACUCGUCAUCCCAUGCCCCCUCUCUCUGCCCGUCAUCCCAUGCCCUCACUCUCUGCCCGUCAUCCCAUGCCCCUUCUCUCUGCCCGUCAUCCCAUGCCCCCUCUCUCUGCCCGUCAUCCCAUGCUCACUUUUCUUUCCUCAUUACUCCAUUUAUUUCCUCAUCUCCCAUACCCACAUCCCUACCGUUUCUGCCCUUGCCUAAACUUCCCAUACACCUUCCCUAAAUUGCCCAUUUCUACCACCACACCCCUGCCCCUCCAGUGCCCAUGGGGCCCUUCCCUCCACCCAUGCAGCAGGUGUUCCAGGCACCCCGCCGGCCGGGCAUGGGCACGGUGGGCAAGCCCAUCAAGCUGCUGGCCAACUACUUUGAGGUGGAGAUCCCCAAGAUGGACGUGUUCCAUUACGAGGUGGACAUCAAGCCUGACAAGUGCCCCCGACGGGUCAACAGGUAGAGUAACAUGUCACCCAGCAUAGUCUCGUGUACCAGAUCUUGUCCCCUGUGAGUAAUAGCCUGGGGAUUGAGGUUACCCAACUCAACAUCUGUCACCCAAGUGUCCCCAACUAUACAGUACCAGUCAAAAGUUUGGACACACCUACUCAUUCAAGGGUUUUUCUUUAUUUUUACUUUUUCAUUAUUUAUACUAUUUUCUACAUUGUAGAAUAAAAGUGAAGACAUCAAAACUAUGAAAUAACACAUAUGGAAUCAUGUAGUAACCAAUAAAGUGUUAAACAAAGCAAAAUAUAUUUGAGAUUCUUCAAAUAGCAACUCUUUGUCUUCAUGACAGCUUUGCACACUCUUGGCAUGCGCUCAGCCAGCUUCACCUGGAAUGCUUUUCCAACAGUCUUGAAGGAGUUCCCACAUAUGCUGAGAACUUGUUGGCUGCUUUUCCUUCACUCUGCCGUCCGACUCACCCCAAACCAUCUCAAUAGGGUUGAGGUCGGGGGAUUGUGGAGGCCAGGUCACCUGAUGCAUCACUCCAUCACUCUCCUUCUUGGUAAAAUAGCCCUUAAACAGCCUGGAGGUGUGUUGGGUCAUUGUCCUGUUGAAAAACAAAUGAUAGUCCCACUAAGCCCAAAACAGAUGGGAUGGCGUAUCGCUGCAGAAUGCCGUGGUAGCCAUGCUGGUUAAGUGUGCCUUGAUUCUAAAUAAAUCACAGACAGUGUCACCAGCAAAGCACCCCCACACCAUAACAUCUCCUCCUCCAUGCUUUACGGUUGGAACUACACAUGCAGAGAUCAUCCGUUCACCCACACCGCGUCUCACAAAGACACGGCAGUUGGAACCAAACAUUUCAAAUUUGGACUCUAGACCAAAGGACACAUUUCCACCGGUCUAAUGUCCAUUGCUCGUGUUUCUUGGCCCAAGCAGGUCUCUUCUUAUUAUUGGUGUCCUUUAGUAGUGGUUUCUUUGCAGCAAUUCGACCAUGAAGGCCUGAUUCACACAGUCCGCUCUGAACAGUUGAUGUUGAGAUGUGUCUGUGACUUGAACUCUGUGAAGCAUUUAUUUGGGCUGCAAUUUCUGAGGCUAGUAACUCGAAUGAACUUAUCCUCUGCAACAGAGGUAAAUCUGGGUCUUCCAUUCCUGUGGCGGUCCUCAUGAGAGCCAGUUUCAUCAUAGCACUUGAUGGUUUUUGUGACUGCACUUGAAGAAACUUUAAAAGUUCUUGAAAUGUUCCGUAUUGACUGACCUUCAUGUCUUAAAGUAAUGAUGGACUGUCGUUUCUCUUUGCUUAUUUGAGCUGUUCUUGCCAUAAUAUGGACUUGGUCUUUUACCAAAUAGGGCUAUCUUCUGUAUACCCCCCUACCUUGUCACAACACAACUGAUUGGCUCAAACGCAUUAAGAAAGAAAGAAAUUCCACAAAUUAACUUUUUAAGAAGGCACACCUGUUAGUUUAAAUGCAUUCCAGGUGACUACCUCAUGAAGCUGGUUUAGAGAAUGCCAAGAGUGUGCAAAGCUGUCAUCAAGGCAAAGGGUGGCUAUUUGAAGAAUCUCAAAUAUAAAAUAUACUUUGAUUUGUUUAACACUUUUUUGUUUACUACAUGAUUCCAUAUGUGUUAUUUCAUAGUUUUGAUGUCUUCACUAUUAUUCUACAAUGUAAAAAAUAGAAACAAUAAAGAAAAACCCUUGAAUAAGUAGGUGUGUCCAAACAUUUGACUGGUAGUGGUAAGUAAAGCAGUGGUCCACUUGAUCACUAACAUUUCCCCAUUGUUUUUAAGAACCACAGAAUAUGGACUGUAGAACUGCGCCAUAAUCAGAGCUUGGGAGGACCACACUCUAUAUAGAAGUCUUAUUCUGUAGAGGUUGAACAACUUCUCAAGAUGAUUCAGAGAUCAGGAUUUAACUGAACAGAUAUAGACUCACAGUUCAUUAGCGCACCAUGACUAUGACACACUAGUCCAGUAUCCACCAUUACCUAGGCAGGAUAUGAUUAAUGGUCUUAGAGAGCCCCAUUGUAGGGUGGUCAUCAUUGGCCAAUCUAUUCUAAACCCCAGACAUUGGUUUCAAUGGUUGGCCAAUUGAGCUGCCAGUGUUUAAUUCCUCCGAUUGAUUUGACUGAGGAUUUAUUUCAGCUGUUGUACAACCUCAUAAAGUGUAACUCAACUGUUUUUAUUUCCAACAACAAAAAUACUGGACCCAGAAGAGAAACUUCACUCACUCACUCACUCACUUGAUUAACAGAAAAGCUGAGUCAAAUCUGAAGUUUUACUUUGCAAGAUGAAAAUGUUCCAUACUAAGUACACACACCAAACACAUCUUAGAGCUUCCUGCUUCAUUCUUACUUAGUAAGAGUUUUUUUCAGACAAAGGGUCCAGGCAGGCAUGCGAAAGGUCAACCCCACAUGACCUCUCCUUUUCAACCCGACCACUCUACCCCCAGUUAGACGAAGGCCAAGGCACCAUGUAUUCGGAGGUGCUGGGUCCCCACAGCUACCUCCCCUAACUCCCUUUCUCCUAGGGAUUCCCCCACGACCAUGAGACCAUCACCUCUCACCAGCUGUAUCCUGCUUGAUCAAUAACCAAUCGAAUCGGGUCUUCCCUGCUCCCCAAAAAACAUCCAUCCAGAUUUCUGAUAGGAUGUUGGGUUUAAUUUGGAGCACUACAUUUGUUGUCAGAUGGUGGUCUUUUGUGGUUUUGUCGGCUCUGGUGGUCAUGAUGGUAACCCUGGUGUGUUUGACUCUGUCGCCCCCUGCAGGGAAGUGGUGGAAUACAUGGUGCAACACUUCAAGCCCCAGCUCUUUGGCGACAGGAAGCCGGUGUACGACGGCAAGAAGAAUAUCUAUACGGUGCUAGCGCUUCCUAUCGGAAGUGAGAAGGUAGGCGUUAGGGAGGGAAAGUGUGUGUGCUAUACAUUUGAGCAAGUCCCCUUUCUACUUCUGUCUAGCCAUUCUAUCGCUUUGUCCUGAAACCCCCUCCCAUCUCCCCUCCACCUAAACUACACACCCUCCGUUGUUCCAUUUACAACUCUUGCUCAUCCCUCUCUCUCUCCCUGAAGGUGGACUUUGAGGUGACUAUCCCCGGGGAGGGGAAGGAUCGUAUCUUCAAGGUGUCUAUCCGCUUUCUGGCCACGGUGUCAUGGCGUCUGCUCCAGGAGACGCUGGUCAGCGGGCGCCUGCCGGUCCCCCUGGACUCUGUCCAAGCCCUGGAUGUAGCCAUGCGCCACCUGGCCUCCAUGAGGUACGGUACACUGUGUACAUUAAGCACAUCCACGAGUGGACACCAGCACACACGUGUGCGUACACACACACACACACACACACACACAGACAGACACAGACACGUAGGAGGGUACACACACACACACACACACGCUAUGAAAAUGAAAAGAAAGCAAAGGCAGAGAAGCUUGUGGCUAAUAACAAAGCUAGGAUCUAUGAUGCACAGACAGUCAGAACACACACGCACGCCACAGGACAACACUGUAUGCAUGUUGUCUUCAAACAAAUUGAAAGGCAUAUGUUUGCCUUGAGGUGUGAAUGUUUAGUUAUUUUAGAUUUUUUUAAAAUCUCAAACAAUAGCAAGACAUUCCUGUCAACCUUGUUGAACAGCGAUUUAGUUUUAGAUUCUAUUAUAUUUACAUACCUAGAGGAGAUGAACGGAACAACAGAUGCCUGAUAACUGAGAACUGUGUAAAGGUGUCACAUGGACAGAAUCUAAUAAUCAGACAGUUACUUGGAAGCUUGACCAGAUCACAAGCUGUUGAAUCAUUCUAUUGGGCUUAUGUCUGCGAAGCCUUAUAGGUGACACAGAAUUACUGGACAUUGAAUCAUGCUGUGGUGCUGAGACUCAAAUGAGUCAUUCUCCAUAACGUCAUUUUUGUCAUCUAGGUAUACUCCGGUGGGACGAUCAUUCUUCUCCCCACCUGAAGGAUACUAUCAUCCCCUGGGUGGGGGGAGGGAAGUGUGGUUUGGUUUCCACCAGUCUGUACGCCCUGCCAUGUGGAAGAUGAUGCUCAAUAUUGAUGGUGAGUCGGCUGAGACCCACCAGACAAGAUCUAGUCUAGGGUAUGAAGUCUCAGAUCUUGUUGCAUAACAAGUUGCGUCUAUAUUAUGGAAUGAAAAUGUAUGAUGACUAGAGGUGAUAUCUUAAGUAUGCUCUUACAGUUACAUUCACAGUGGUCUAUGAUUCAACAUCUGUUUUGUGUGGUGUAAAAAUUCACCUCAGAUCAAUGCUUAGAAAUGACUUAAUUCUAUACUAUUGGGUUGUGUUCAUUAGGCACCAAACGGAAGAAAACUGACCGAAACAGGCAGGAACUACCUGGAUUUGUCCUAUAAGAAACUCUCCUUUUCUGCUGAAACAUUUUCUUAUAUGUUUUCCGUUGAGUGCCAUAGCGAACACAACCCAAUGUUUAGGAAUAACGUAAUCCUAUACCACUGGGCUUCUGUCUGCGCUGCACCUCACUUCCAUUCAGAAUGAAUGCAUUACUUACUUACUGCUCUCUGUCUCCCUCUAGUGUCUGCCACGGCCUUCUACAAAGCCCAGCCGGUGAUCGAGUUCAUGUGCGAAGUCCUGGACAUCCGCAACAUAGACGAGCAGCCCAAGACCCUGACCGACUCGCAGAGGGUCCGCUUCACCAAGGAGAUCAAAGGUGGGCCGUUGAACAGUGAGUGAGUACCUUCCACACGCCAUGCCGCCUGCCUCUCACCAAUGCCCCCCCCCUCAGACGAUCCCCUCACAUCACUCCUCACUCCACCACUCACCCUUCACCACUCAUUCCUUCCCUACUCACUCCUUCCUCAAUCACUCCACUCCUCUACCACUCACUUCACUCCUUCUCUUAUCUCCUCUUCCUCACUCACUCCUCCACCCCUCACUUCACUCCUUCUCUUAUCUCCUCUUCCUCACUCACUCCUCCACCCCUCAUUCCACCAUUUCCUUUUCUUCACCUUGUCUUUGACAUUCAUCCUAAUGGAUCCUUCUCUCUACCAUGCCCCCUGUUAUUUUCUACCCCAGGGGUCUCCCCAGAAUGUUUUCAUAGUGUGAAGCUCAUCUUCAGAAAGUAGAAAUCCUCAUCACCUCUCUCAGUCCACUCUAUCCUGAAUUCUGCAUUUCUGAAUUUCUCUAAACAGCGUGAUUGAAAGCACCAUGUUUUGUAUUAGUUUUCAUAAAGAAAUACAUUUGAAAGUCCAUAUAAUGGCGCUAAAGAGUGAACGACUGAAAGAUUGGUGGAGCGGCGCCUCUGUGCAUACAGCCUAUGGGGAGAACUCUGAUGUCCUUCCCUUCUCCUCCACCCUCUCCCCAUUUACGUCUGUCCCCGUGCCGUCACUACUGUGGCCUCUUAUCUUUGUGUGUGUUUGUGCCCUGCUGUCGGUGGGCGUUGCCAGGUCUGAAGGUGGAGGUGACUCACUGCGGUCAGAUGAAGAGGAAGUACCGCGUCUGCAACGUCACGCGACGCCCCGCCAGCCACCAGACGUGAGUAGUGUCACACGGUUGAUCUGACUGAUUCUCCCUGGAGAAGGGAUGGUUUGGGUGGAUUAGAUCUUCCCAAUAAAAGUCAUUACCUAUAAAUCAUCGGUGUCAGUUGGGAAAUUGGUCUUUGUGAUUUCUGAGUAAGGAUAUGGUCCAUUACAAGGAUGAAUGUUUUUGUAUUAUCCACCUUUUUGUAGUAUUUAGUAAGACACCAGUGGUUUUAUAGAGGCGCUUGCAUCAAUGUGAGACAUAUGGUGACUAUGGAGGGGCGGCAGGUAGCCUAGUGGUUAAGCAACCAAAAGGGCGCUGGUUCGGAUCCCCGAACCAACUAGGUGAAAAAUCUGUCUGUGCCCUUGAGCAAGGCACUUAACCCUAAUUGUUCCUGUAAGUCGCUCUGGAUAAGAGCGUCUGCUAAAUGACAAAAAAAAAAAAAAAAGUACAACAAAAAAUAUUCUGUGUUAGAAUUGUACAUACUGACAUUAUCAUCAAGUCAUUUGACAUCUUCUUUAUUACACAUUCCCUACCAGGUUUCCUCUGCAGCUUGAGAGUGGACAGACAGUAGAAUGUACGGUGGCCCAGUACUUCAAGCAGAAGUACAAUCUGCAGCUCAAAUAUCCCCACCUGCCCUGCCUCCAGGUGGGCCAGGAGCAGAAGCACACCUACCUGCCCCUGGAGGUGAGGAAUAUGGGACCGCUGACUCUUCUAGAGUGAAUGCAUUCAAUCCAAUCCAGUUGCUUUAUGUGUUUGAGAAGAAAAUUAAUGUUUUUUGUUUUUGUUUCCCUGCAGGUGUGUAACAUCGUAGCGGGGCAGCGCUGCAUCAAGAAAUUGACAGAUAAUCAGACGUCCACUAUGAUCAAAGCCACGGCUCGCUCUGCACCCGACAGACAGGAGGAGAUCAGCCGGCUGGUGAGUCAGUGGCGCCGCCUGGUGACUGGAGGCUGCAAUGCGAAACAACCAGCCAUGAGCAUGAGAAUUGGCAUUAAUGUGUUAAUGAAUUUAACACAGGCCAUCCAACACAGAUUAACACAUACUACUACUAGACUAUACAUAGUAACUGACUUCCUAUUAUUCCUGUCUCUCCACAGAUUAGAUAUGAAUUGACAGCACAGCAUUGUGCAGUGUGAAUGAAUAACACACAUCCUAUCUAUUUUCCCCGUCUGUCCACAGAUGAAGAACGCCAACUUUAACCUGGACCCGUACAUCCAGGAGUUUGGGAUCAAGGUGAAGGAUGAGAUGGCGGAGGUGACGGGGAGGGUGCUGCCUGCGCCCAUCCUACAGUAUGGAGGACGGGUAAGAGAUAUCACACUUGUAGUACGGCCACAUUAAGCAUAAUUUCAAUUGUGUGUACUUGUGCUAAAAUAAUGCUGUGUACUUGGUCCAGCAAAGUAAAUGGAGGAGUAAUUAAUUUGCUACUUGCAUUGGGCUCUGUUUUUUUGCACAAUUUAUGUAUAUAUAUAUAUAAUAUUAUAUAUAUAAUAUAUAUAUAAUAUAUAUAUAUAUAUAUGUAUAUUGUUAUAUUGUAUAUGUAUAUUGAUAUUACUAAUAUAUAAUUGUGUAAGUUAGUGUGGUGUUCAUUUAAAUAUAUAAUAUAUAUUGAUACAUUGACAGUAACAACAGAAGUAGCCCACAUAACUACUCACCAGUAGGCUAUAGAGUGGUGAGGAGGAGUCUACGUGUCCGGAAGCGACUUCACCAUUCGUUUUCUGGAUUCAGGUUCACUCAAACAUCGUUUUAAGCUUUGUUUUACUGCAGAUUUUCGGGAUUGUAUAUCGAUUCGCUCUCCUUAAAUAUUUGUAAUCUGAUGUAUUCGUUUUAGUCUCUGAAUUGUUUAAUCAAACUUUUCACUGCCAGCUCCUAAUAUCAGGGUAUAAAAACUAAAAUCUUUGUCCUGAAUUAGCCUAGUGUGCAUGUGCGCCCAGCUAUAUCCUGCUGGCUAGCCAAACUUCAUAAAUACUGCACCCUCAACUUCAAAACUCCUUUGCUAGUUAUACAAUCAUGUAACUAAGAAAUUUGCUGAAAAUGAUUUAUUGUUUUGUUGAAUAGUCAUGACUGGUUCGAGCGAUCUGUCGUAAGACAACUGUGGCGAAGGAUAUCAUUGCUACUUAACGCGGAUCCAAGUUCAGUUUUGCGAUCCACCGGCGUCAUUGGCGUAGGUUUAGCUGGACGUUUCUGACAGGUCUUGGAACUUGCAACCUCUCCCCACUUUGCUCAACGGGAUAUGUAGUGAUUUUGCCAACACAGCCAGAUAUGUACACAGUCUUAUAUCCUUAACCUUUUAUAAACUGACUAUCGUUUUUGUUAAUUAAAUCGGACUUUAUGAGUAGAAAGAGUAAUCCAGGAAUGUCACAAGUUAAUUGACUCGAGAAAACCCAAGAAAAUAGCAACUCAACAGAGCACCAACGGCUACAAUGAAUGACUCAAUUACGUCCGGACACAAAGGGGCCACAGAGUUCCUCCUCCUCACCACUUUAUAUCAAACCAGGCCUCUGGCUUCAGAAGUCAGUCCCCACUACAGUAGUUGUGGAUUUCACAGAGUGCAAACAGCCCUGACAUUGAUCUGGUUCUGAAGCUUUUGUCUCCCACCUGUUCCACCUCACAGAACCGGGCCAUCGCUACGCCCAACCAGGGGGUGUGGGACAUGAGGGGAAAGCAGUUCUACAACGGCAUUGAGAUCAAGGUGUGGGCCAUCGCCUGCUUCGCCCCGCAGAAACAGUGUCGGGAGGAGGUGCUCAAGUAAGUACCCUGCUGGGAGUGGGGGUAGUGUGGAAAGGGGUGUCUGAGGUGGAUAUCUUCAGGCAUCGUAUUAGAGAUUCCUGUCAGAGUGCAACAGUAUUUAUCUAAAGAGAAAAUAUGUACUGUUCUUGGCUUUGCUAGGUAGUUUUGUGUGUUAGCGUAGUCUUAUUUGGAGCUUUACUUGCUGUGGCAUGGGUCAUGUUCAUUAGUGCACACUACAGGAAACGUUCUAAAACAUUUUGCAAUUGAAAAUGAGCAUUCCGUUGGAGAAGUCCAGAUGGUACCUCCCUGUUUCAGUCUGUUGUCUUCUGUUUGGUGCCUAAUAAACACAGUCCUGGGCUCAGCAGACAGCACCACCAUGUGAAACCGGUUCCUUUCCUAACAAAUUAAUGUCUCCACUUUCCUCAGGAACUUCACAGACCAGCUGCGUAAAAUCUCCAAGGAUGCUGGGAUGCCCAUCCAGGGCCAGCCGUGUUUCUGUAAAUACGCCCAGGGAGCUGACAGUGUGGAGCCCAUGUUCAGGCACCUGAAGAACACCUACUCAGGACUGCAGCUAAUCAUCGUCAUCCUACCCGGAAAGACCCCCGUCUAUGGUAAGAUUGGCCUUAUUCAUGCUGAAUGAUUCACUUACUUAAUUCUCUAUGUUAGAAUUCAUUAACCAAAAUGUCAGUUUACUCACCUUGCUUGACCACCACCCUUACACUAAUAUAUUUUAUAUAAUGUAUUACCUUUUACUUUGGCAAAGUGCAGAAACAGACAUAUAUGAUACAUUGAAUGUACAAAACAUUAUGAACACCUGCUCUUUCCAUGACAUAGACUGACCAGGUCAAUCCAGGUUAAAGCUAUGAUCCUUUAUUGAUGACACUUAAGUUCACUUAAAUCAGUGUACAGUGAGGGAAAAAAAUAUUUGAUCACCUGCUGAUUUUGUACGUUUGCCCACUGACAAAGACAUGAUCAGUCUAUAAUUUUAAUGGUAGGUUUAUUUGAACAGUGAGAGACAGAAUAACAACAACAAAAUCCUGAAAAACGCAUGUCAAAAAUGUUAUGAAUUUAUUUGCAUUUUAAUGAGGGAAAUAAGUAUUUGACCCCGCUGCAAAACAUGACUUAGUACUUGGUGGCAAAACCCUUGUUGGCAAUCACAGAGGUCAGACGUUUCUUGUAGUUGGCCACCAGGUUUGCACACAUCUCAGGAGGGAUUUUGUUCCACUCCUCUUUACAGAUCUUCUCCAAGUCAUUAAGGUUUCGAGGCUGACGUUUGGCAACUCGAACCUUCAGCUCCCUCCACAGAUUUUCUAUGGGAUUAAGGUCUGGAGACUGGCUAGGCCACUCCAGGACCUUAAUGUGCUUCUUCUUGAGCCACUCCUUUGUUACCUUGGCCGUGUGUUUUGGGUCAUUGUCAUGCUGGGAUACCAAUCCACGACCCAUUUUCAAUGCCCUGGCUGAGGGAAGGAGGUUCUCACCCAAGAUUUGACGGUUCAUGGCCCCGUCCAUCGUCCCUUUGAUGCGGUGAAGUUGUCCUGUCCCCUUAGCAGAAAAACACCCCCAAAGCAUAAUGUUUCCACCUCCAUGUUUGACGGUGGGGAUGGUGUUCUUGGGGUCAUAGGCAGCAUUCCUCCUCCUCCAAACACGGCGAGUUGAGUUGAUGCCAAAGAGCUCGAUUUUGGUCUCAUCUGACCACAACACUUUCACCCAGUUCUCCUCUGAAUCAUUCAGAUGUUCAUUGGCAAACUUCAGACGGCCCUGUAUAUGUGCUUUCUUGAGCAGGGGGACCUUGCGGGCGCUGCAGGAUUUCAGUCCUUCACGGCGUAGUGUGUUACCAAUUGUUUCUUUGGUGACUAUGGUUCCAGCUGCCUUGAGAUCAUUGACAAGAUCCUCCUGUGUAGUUCUGGGCUGAUUCCUCACCGUUCUCAUGAUCAUUGCAACUCCACGAGGUGAGAUCUUGCAUGGAGUCCCAGGCCGAGGGAGAUUGACAGUUCUUUUGUGUUUCUUCCAUUUGCGAAUAAUCACACCAACUGUUGUCACCUUCUCAACAAGCUGCUUGGUGAUGGUCUUGUAGCCCAUUCCAGCCUUGUGUAGGUCUACAAUCUUGUUCCUGACAUCCUUGGAGAGCUCUAUGGUCUUGGCCAUGGUGGAGAGUUUGAAAUCUGAUUGAUUGAUUGCUUCUGUGGACGGGUGUCUUUUAUACAGGUAACAAGAUGAGAUUAGGAGCACUCCCUUUAAGAGUGUGCUCCUAAUCUCAGCUAGUUACCUGUAUGAAAGACACCUGGGAGCCAGAAAUCCAUCUGAUUGAGAGGGGGUCAAAUACUUAUUUCCCUCAUUAAAAUGCAAAUCAAUUUAUAACAUUUUUGACAUGCGUUCUUCUGGAUUUUGUUGUUGUUAUUCUGUCUCUCACUGUUCAAAUAAACCUACCAUUAAAAUUAUAGACUGAUCAUUUCUUUGUAAUUGGGAAAACUUACAAAAUUAGCAGGGGAUCAAAUACUUUUCUUCCUCACUGUAGCUGAAGGAGAGGAGACAAGAACUGCAACGGUUUGUGUCAAGAACUGCAACGCUGCUAGGUUUUCCACGCUCAACACUUUCCCGUGUGUUUCAAGAAUGGUCCACCACCCAAAAGACAUCCAGCCAACUCGAUAUUAGGUGUUCUUAAUGUUUUGUACAUCGGUGGAUAAUAGCUUCAGUUUAGCAUUUAUGGACCUGUACUUAAUUUCUGCCUGUUAUUGGUCCCGUGUAGCGGAGGUGAAGAGGGUGGGAGAUACUCUCCUAGGAAUGGCCACUCAGUGUGUCCAGGUGAAGAACGUGGUGAAGACAUCCCCCCAGACCCUCUCCAACCUUUGCCUCAAGAUCAAUGUCAAGCUGGGGGGAAUCAACAAUAUUCUGGUGCCCCACCAACGGUAAACUUUCACCAACUCUCUCCAUUGGGUUGGGUUCAUUAUGGCACGCAAAGUCCCUUCCUUUUUCAGUCCGUUUUGUUCCGUUUGGUACCUAAUGGAUACGACCUUGGUCUGAAUGUGCUCUGGACGGAAACCCUUUUAUGUAUAUGAGCACUCUUUAAAAUCAGAUGAAAACUCCUAUGAGUUUGACUGAAUUUGUCCCUUCUCCCUUCCCGUCUCACAGGUCAGCAGUGUUCCAGGAGCCUGUCAUCUUCCUGGGGGCCGAUGUAACACACCCCCCUGCUGGAGAUGGGAAGAAGCCCUCCAUUACCGCUGUAAGGCUGCCUCUACAAUACUACACCAUGUUUUAACACAAAUGAUGAUGUAUUAAGAGGACAUCGUAUUUUAAGAGGGAGGGAUGAGGAAAAGCAUAAGAGGUGUAGAAGGGGAAGACAAUGCCACACCGCUGACUCACAGACAGGGAGGAAAUGAUGUCACCCCGAUCCUCGCUAUCCCACAACCCUGUGGUUGGCUGUGUGGUUGCCUAGCGAUCAUGACAGGCUGUUGAGUCACUCAGCCCUCUGUGUGCGUCUGUAUGUCCUUCUGUGUGUGUGCGUGUGUGUCAGCGCAUGUAGAGGUGGGUCAGGAAGGAUGACUAUUUUUCUCACAGUAACAAGACAUAAGGCUACAAGGUUAUAGAUGCUGACGACACAGAGCUUCUGACACCGCCUAUCCUGUGCCUAUAGAGGAUGCUAGUGCUCACAUUGUAUCAUUGGCUAGAGGUGAAUCAUAGAACACUGAAUUAAAUAUUGAUGUUUUGGGUUGUCUAUCUAGUCUUUAUGUUUCAGCUCAUCUCUGUAUUUGCAAAGCUUUUGCUUUUUAGGAGUGGUUUCUGAAUUUUGGGCCCGGAUUCACAAAGAGUCUUAAGAGUAGUAGUGCUGAUAUAGGAUCAGUUGCUUUUUGGAUAAUAGUGAAUAAGAUUACAUGGACAGGGGGACCAGAUCAUAGAUCAUCACUGCUACUCUGAGACGCUUUCUGAAUACAGGCCCUGGUCUGUGUCUGUAUGGCUAGUCCCCUCAUUUCUCUCUCUCAUUCUCACCCCUCUCUCUGUUUUUUUUCCCCUCCCUCUCUCUCUCCAGGUGGUAGGCAGUAUGGACGCCCACCCCAGCAGGUACUGUGCCACAGUCAGGGUCCAGAGGCCCAGGCAGGAGAUUAUCGAAGACCUUUCUUACAUGGUGCGAGAACUGCUGAUCCAGUUCUACAAGUCGACCCGCUUCAAGCCCACCAGGAUCAUCUUCUACAGGGAUGGAGUCCCUGAGGGGCAGCUGCCACAGGUACUUACUGGUCUCUGUCGUUGGGGGUUAUAAAUAGUGAUCAAUAGAGAUGGGGAUCCAUUUUGUGUUAUUCAUAAGUGACAGAGUUGGAUUGGCCAGAUCAAUAUAUUUUUACUCACUUUGACCAAUAGGCCUAGUAGUUUAUAGCAGUUAAAUAAUGGUACAUAGUUAAUCUCUGAAUAAGUAUGAUCGAUAUACUAUAGCAUGUGACAAUAAUGCACAAUACUGGGAAGAGUUACAGAAUGAGGUGAGCAACGCACCUAUCUCUAAAGAUAUCAGUUGGCCAGAUAACGAGUAAAUAUUUAAUUUUUCUGCAUAGAUACUCCACUACGAGCUUCUGGCCAUCAGGGAUGCGUGCAUCAAGCUGGAGAAGGACUACCAGCCUGGUAUCACCUACAUCGUGGUCCAGAAGCGCCACCACACACGCCUCUUCUGUGCCGACAAGUCUGAGAGAGUGAGUCAACAGUCAGAGCUAUUCUAACCAUAACCUAUAUCAUGCUUUAUAGGUUUCACUGUAGAACAGGGGUCUCAAACUUUCGGCACGCGGGCCAAAUGCGGUCAUGUGAGCUUAUUUGAUUUGAUGGCCAGUUGUAAUAUAGGAUAAGCGUUUGGAAUUAAAUAUCGUGGUCCUGUAUGGUCUUUCCUUUUUCUGUAGAUCGGGAAGAGUGGUAACAUUCCUGCAGGGACCACAGUGGACACCAGCAUCACUCACCCGUUUGAGUUUGACUUCUACCUUUGCAGUCACGCGGGUAUACAGGUGAGUGGGGAAGAGCUUCCUGCUGCUGUCCAGCUGUGUUUGUCUAACCUGAGCCAUUCUAAACCUCCUGGCUCGGGAACCACAUGCGGCUCUUUAACGCCACUUUGUGGCUCCAUGGCGAUUUUAAUUUGUAUACUUUUAGUUAAUCCUUUAUUUAACCAUAGAAAUCACAUGGAGAUUUACAUCUCCAACAAAGCAGCAUGCAUAUAUUUACACGAUACACAACAUAAAACAUAACAAUGAAUGUAAGUUAAAACAGUGCAAAGUGUAUAAGAAAACUUAAAAGAGCAGGUUUAAAAACAUAUAGUUAGGGCCCUGUGUUUUGCACAAUAAUGUAACAUAGGAAGAUUUUAUUCUGUAUUUUAAGCCUUAUUCAGAAAUUAGAAUUACACCAAAGAUUAAAGCAAUUGUCUGAGGAUGGUGCUGGACCAUCUGACAUGAAAAGAAAAGGGGACAGUUUGAAGUUAAUAUCCAGGCAAAACACAGGGCCCUAAUACUAGUUAUUCAUGUUUUCAAAUAAUCCUCCCUCUUGAGUGUUGAAAUGGUCUUUCCACACUACACUCUGCUCUGUAGGGGACUAGUCGGCCCUCACAUUACUACGUCCUGUGGGACGACAAUCGUUUCACCGCCGACGAGCUGCAAAUCCUCACCUACCAGCUGUGCCACACCUACGUGCGCUGUACCCGCUCCGUCUCCAUCCCUGCGCCAGCCUACUAUGCCCGCCUUGUGGCCUUCCGUGCCCGCUACCAUCUGGUGGACAAGGAGCACGACAGGUGAGCAUGGUGGUCUAGUUAACGUUUUAAAGGGUACAUUACACCUAAAUCUGUUGUCAGAUGUUUAUGACCUCAAAUGUAGUCUAAUGUUAAGAUGAAUUCAAGUUCCAUGGCAUCGGUUGUGUAGAUCCAGCUGUAUGCCUCAACCCAAAAUUAAUGAAAAAGAUGAGCACUAUAUAAUUUCCAGAUCUUAUUCGGUACUUAUUGCGUCCUGUGUCUUUCUGUCCUUACUGUAGUGGGGAGGGCAGCCAUGUCUCUGGUCAGAGUAACGGUCGGGAUCCCCAGGCACUGGCCAAGGCGGUGCAGAUUCACCACGACACCCUGAGAACCAUGUACUUUGCCUGAGCACCACCCCACACUACCAUCACCGCCACCACCACUGCCCUUAAGACUCACCAUCCCCCGGUGAGGGGCCUGGGAGCCCACUGGAAGCCUUCCACCUCCCCUCCUCCCUCCAUGGCUGUGAUCACCCACACACUCCACAUGCCUCUCAUGACUGACCCAACCACAGCCAAACCAACCCCAGUACCAGAACUAAACACCCCUCACCUGAUCAACCCAGGCAGACUCUGCAGCGUCCUGCACAACAGUUAUUAUUAUCAUUAUUGA